UCCGUUCCCUCCUUCAGGGAACGAGGGUUACCUUUGUAACCGAGACGUUCAUCUGUCGCCAUUUUAUGCUGUUAAAAUACGAAUACGAGCGUCAAAGUGUUUAAUAGAAACGUUUAUCAAAGUUUAUGCAGGAAUUUCCGUGUAUCUUUAUGAUGUUAAAGCUGGAAGAUUUGAGAACCUGUAACUUGUGAAAGUUUGAUCAAGUGGAGGAGAUCAAACUCAUCAGAUUCUCCUGCAGCUUCAUCAUGGGUGAUUCACAAGGAUCCAGAGAUGGAGAUUUUUCUCCAGGAUGCAGUUCAGUCCAGCAGAAGAGCUCAAACCCAGAGUCCAGCUGUGUGUCUGUGAAGAGUAACUGGUCUAUGAUUGAGCCAACAAAUUUUAAGAGUGGAAACACACAGCCUGAUCCCAGGUCAAAUCUUUUAUCCAGUCCAGUUAAAAACAAAACUGUGAACACGCCUGUGAUUCGACCACAAGACUUUAAUGAAAGCAUGAAUCCUGGUUUCAGUCAUGACUCUAAACCUGAGGUCUUAAACACACUGAGAUCAAAUCUGAGAAAGAAGUUUGAGUGUUUGUAUGAGGGAAUAUCAAAGCAGGGAAACCCAACACUCCUGAAUGAGAUCUACACAGAGCUCUACAUCACAGAGAGUGAAAGUGGAGAGAUCAAUAAUGAGCAUGAGGUGAGACAGAUUGAGACACAGUCCAGGAGAGCAGAAACAGAGGACACACCGAUCAAAUGCAGUGACAUCUUUAGACCUUUACCUGGACAAGACAAACCCAUCAGAACUGUGCUGACAAAGGGAGUCGCUGGCAUUGGAAAAACAGUCUCUGUGCAGAAGUUCAUCCUGGACUGGGCUGAAGGGAAACAGAAUCAGGACGUCCAGCUCAUAUUUCCUCUUCCUUUCAGAGAGAUUAACUUGAUGAAGGACAAAACACUCAGUCUUUCAGAUCUUCUUCGUGUCUUUUUCCCUGAAACAAAAGAAAUGGAAAUAUCCAGUGAUAAGUAUAAAGUUUCCUUCAUCUUUGAUGGUCUGGAUGAGUGUCGUCUGUCUCUGGAUUUUCAGAGCGAUGUGAGGUUGUGUGAUGUGACUGAAUCAGCCUCAGUGGACGUGCUGCUGACGAACCUCAUUGCGGGGAAUCUGCUUCCCUCUGCUCUCAUCUGGAUCACCUCCAGACCAGCAGCAGCUGAUCUCGUCCCCUCUGAGUGUGUCCAUCGAGUGACAGAGGUACGAGGCUUCAGUGACCCACAGAAGCAGGAAUACUUCAGGAAGAGAAUCAGUGAUCGGAGUCUGGCCGACAGGAUCAUCUCACACCUGAAGUCAUCAAGGAGCCUCUUUAUUAUGUGUCACAUCCCAGUGUUCUGCUGGAUCUCAGCCACUGUUCUAGAGAAGAUGUUGUGGAAAUCACAGAAAGGAGAGAUUCCCAAGACUCUGACUCAAAUGUACACACACUUCCUGAUCCUUCAGACCAACAUCAAACAUGAGAAGGACUAUGAGAAGAAAGUGAAAGAUGAAGACAUGAUUGUCAAACUGGGGAAACUGGCAUUUCAGCAGCUUGUGAAAGGCAACCUGAUCUUCUAUGAGGAAGACCUGAGAGAGUGUGGCAUUGAUGUGACAGAAGCAUCAGUGUACUCAGGAUUGUGCACUCAGAUCUUCAGAGAGGAGUCAGGCUUGUAUCAGGGGAAAGUCUUCUGCUUUGUUCAUCUGAGCAUUCAGGAACAUCUAGCAGCUCUAUAUGUGCAUCUCUCCUUUAUAAACAAGAACAUCAAUGUGUUUGACCAGAUUACCAAACCAACUAAAGCUUCACUAUCUGAUCUCCAUCAGAGAGCUGUGGAUGAGGCUUUAGACAGUAAAAAUGGGCAUCUGGACCUUUUCCUUCGUUUCCUUCUGGGUCUGUCAGUGGAGUCUAAUCAGAGUCUCUUACAAGAACUAAAGACACGGACAGGAAACAGCUCUGACAACAAUGAGAAAACAGUUCACUAUAUCAAAGAGAAGAUCAGUGAGAAUCCCUCUCCAGAUAAAUACAUCAAUCUGUUUCACUGUCUGAAUGAACUGGGUGAUCUUUCACUAGUGAAUGAAGCUGAACCUCAUAUGAGGUCUGGAGGAUUACGUAAUGUGAAAAUCUCCUCAUCUCAGUGGUCAGCUUUAGUUUUUGUGUUGUUGACCUCAGAGCGGACAAUGCAGGAGUUUAACCUGAACAGCUUAAUUGGAUACAAAAAUGAUCAUGACGCAGUAAAUACAGCAGAUGAAGUUCUUCAGAAGAUGCUGCCUGUGGUUACAGCAACUAGAUCAGCUGAGUUGAGGUAUUGUGGUGUCACAGAUGAAGGUUGUGCUGCUCUGGCUUCAGCUCUGAGAUCAAACCCCUCACACCUGAGAAAACUGUAUCUGUCUAGGAAUAAACUAGGAGACUCGGGAGUGAAGCUGAUUUCUGCUGUACUGGAGAAUCCUCACUGUAAACUGGAGAAACUGAGGUUGGAGGAUUGUGGUGUCACAGAUGAAGGUUGUGCUGCUCUGGCUUCAGCUCUGAGAUCAAACCCCUCACACCUGAGAAAACUGUAUCUGUCUAGGAAUAAACUAGGAGACUCGGGAGUGAAGAUGAUUUCUGCUGUGCUGGAGAAUCCUCACUGUAAACUGGAGGAUCUGAGGUUGAGGGAUUGUGGUGUCACAGAUGAAGGUUGUGCUGCUCUGGCUUCAGCUCUGAGAUCAAACCCCUCACACCUGAGAAAACUGAAUCUGUCUGGGAAUAAACUAGGAGACUCAGGAGUGAAGCUGCUCUUUGAUCUGAAGGAUGAUCCACAUUAUAAACUGCAGACACUAAGGACAGUCUGAUCUCCUCAUGAUCAUCUGAUGGUGAAUAAGGAUCCACUACAGAGACUCACAGUCAACAGAAUCAACAGACUGAAGAUACAGUGACUUCACUGUUAUAAAUUAAGACUUCAUUUAGAUUUCAACGAUCCUCUGACAGACCUGAUGAGGUGGCAGUGAAGCACCUUUUAUUUCAGAGCAGCAAAUUACAGUUUCUCAUUCAUUGAUUAACCAUUUUAUUUGUAUAAAUGCACUGUAUAAAUUCAAAAAGUUAUAGAGAAAAUAUAGAGCCUGAAUAUAUUUGUGUUUGUGUUUUACCAGCAGAGGGAGACAAAGACAAAUGAAAGAUUAAUUUUUCAUGAUUAUGGAGGGAGAGAGAAAAAAACAGUUCAAUCUCACUUUUGGAAUACAAACAAUAGUUGUAUUAUAGUUAUACUUGUAUUACAUUUGUAUUAAUGUAUUUAGUAUGUCUUUUUUUUUAAAUAAUAAAUGGUGGUAGCAUUCAUUAAAGCGUUGAGUCAUAGGCACAAUAUGUGGGAUUAUUGGAUUAAAAUAUGAUAUCCAAAAACCA